AUGAGCAGGAUUUCUCAGACCUUUUCACUCCUUACUAAUUUAAGCUCCCGGUCAGGCGCGCUACUACCAAGCGAUGACCCCAACGUAGUCAAUGUCACUGAACAGUUACUCCCUCGCAAGCAAGAUGCCGCAUUUGGCGAACAGUUUGUCUUUCAGACAAAUCUGCACCAUCAACGCGUUGAUGCGAGACUGCUCCUGCUUCCCCCGUUCCCAUGUGACAACCCACCAUUCGCCAAGUCCGUAGCUUACCUUUCUAGUCGUUCCGGUUCUGUCAGGGCCCGCGUUCACCGUCUUCCUGGCGCAGAGGAACACCUGUUUCGCCUUUGUAUUUUUGCACGCGAGAGGGGUGUGAGAGUGACGUUGCCUCCGAUGUUUCGUGGAGUAGUGACUAUCAAGGACCACGACCUUGUUCGUCGCAGGAAGCAAAUUCGAUGCUCGCGUGCUUUCCGCGAAGCGCAUGCGGUGUGGGUUGAUCAAGUUCGAUACAUGCGCGUCGGAUAA